UUGCUCUGACUCUGCGGAGUAUAUACACAGGCACACAGACAUAUAUAUAGGUAUUCAUAGAGAUAUCUCACAGCCCCGGAACAUUCUAUUCCUCGACAGCUCGGGGCCAAGACCCUUUUCGCAUCGAAGAAAGACACUAGACUGUUGUCGUUGGCUCUUAUUCACACCUUUCGAACGCCAGGGGGGAACAAAACAAAACAAGAUGCCGUACCAAUAUGAUCCCGAAUACUACAAGGUCAUGGAGCCAUUGUUGCCCGCCAUGGCCGCGGCGCCGAAACACCCGCCCUACGACGUCGCCUCGCGUCGAAAUGGCAUCGACGACAUGUGGGAGGGAUUUAUGCAGCAAUGGCCCGUGGUCGAGGACGUCGAGGAGACCAUCUUCAAGAUCUCGUCCUUUGACGGCGUCGAGAUCAACGUCCACCGCUUCGCAAAGAAAGGCGCUACCCCGACAACAAGAACAACCGGCAGCGGCUCGCCGGCUGUCGUGUACACCCACGGUGGCGGCUUUUUCUGUCUCAGCGUGCCGCUCUACCGCAAGAUGAUCCAGAGCUACGUGACGCAGGGCGGCAUCCCGUUCUUCGCGGUCGAGUACCGCUCGCCACCCGAGUUCCCCUUCCCCACGCCCAUCGAGGACUGCUACGCGGCGCUCAAGUGGAUUCACUCCACCGCCGCGGGGGAGUUGGGUAUCGACCCUGCUCGCAUCGCCAUCAUGGGCGACUCGGCGGGCGGAGGGCUCGCCGCUGGCGUGGCCAUCAUGGCUCGAGACAGAAACCUCAACCCCCCUCUGGCGAAGCAGGUGCUCGUCAACGCGAUGCUCGACGACCGCAACCAGGGCCGGUACGAAGCCGCCAAGGACUUCCACGUCUGGACGCCCGACGACAACCUCACGGGCUGGGCCGCGUACCUGGGUCGCGACAAGGCCGGCAAACCCGACGCCGACGUCUCGCCCUGGGCUGCGCCGGCGCGGGUCGCGUCAGUGGCAGGCCUGCCGCCCGUGUACAUCGACGUGCCCGACCUGGACAUCUUCAGGGAUGAGAACAUCAAGUACGCGGCACGGCAUGCUGAGGCUGGCAUCCCGCUCGAAAUGCACGUAUAUCCCGGACUGCCUCAUAGUUUUGAGACGUUUGCACCAAAGAUCUCGACCGCGAAGUCGGCGCUGGCGAACAGGGUCAAGUUUAUCCACAAGCUUUGA